GCCCUGCGCCCCGUGCUCCUCCCGGAUUGCCCCGCCCCGUGCGCCCAGCUCGGCCUCGACCCCGCUCGUCUAACCAGUGCGGUCCGCUUGGGCACGGUGGGCGCGAACGCGGGCAGGCAGAUGCAGGGCGCUGUGGCCGAGCCCGCCCUCGCCCCGGUUACGCGGCAGGUCAGCGGCCGCGCCGCCCCAGCCGCAGUCCCGAGCGGCCCCGAGCGCGGGCAGCCCCUGGCCGCAGCGGUAGCCGAGCUGCCCGUGCUGGACGCCUCCGGGAGGCAGGUGCCGUUCGGCGCGCUGUUUCGGGAGCGUCGGGCCGUCGUAGUCUUCGUGCGGCAUUUCCUGUGUUACAUUUGCAAGGAAUACGUAGAAGAUCUGGCCAAAAUCCCCAAGAGUUUUUUACAAGAAGCAGAUGUCACCCUAAUAGUGAUUGGACAGUCAUCCUACCAUCAUAUCGAGCCUUUCUGCAAACUGACUGGGUAUUCUCAUGAAAUCUAUGUUGAUCCUGAGAGAGAAAUUUAUAAAAAAUUGGGAAUGAAAAGAGGUGAAGAAAUUGCCGCCUCAGGAAAGAGCCCCCAUAUAAAAUCAAAUAUACUCUCAGGAAGCAUUCGGAGCCUGUGGAGGGCAGUGACUGGCCCUCUUUUUGAUUUUCAAGGAGACCCUGCUCAGCAAGGCGGAACCCUCAUCUUAGGUCCAGGUAACAACAUCCAUUUUAUACACCGUGAUAAAAAUAGGUUGGAUCACAAACCCAUCAACUCUGUUUUACAGCUUGUAGGAGUUCAGCACGUGGACUUUACAAGCAGACCUUCAGUUAUCCAUGUGUAAUGGCAUAGACUGUUGUCACUUUCAAAUGGACCCUUGGGAUAGGACCUGAAAUGUUCAGAGUCGGGUAUCCUUGUGCAGUGUCUAACUUGUUGGCGUGUCCCAGCCUUUGACGAGUUAUGAAAACAUGAAGAGACCAUGUACCAGUCAUUGCAUGCUGGGAGGCAUUAGUUGUCAAAAAUAUGAUCUAUAUAAUUCUAUAGCUUUUAAAAUUUUAUGUGAAAUACAAUUUUAUUUAUAUAAAACUUUAAAAGCUAUAAAAUUAGAAAUACCAUUCUAUAUUUUGCAUUAUGGUAUAUCCAUUCAAUGAAAGUUUCUCUUGGCCAUUAAAAUAAUAAAUUCUUUUGAAGAACAUAUAAAUGGUAAAGGUAAGCAACUCACCAAAAAGCAGGAUAUCAAAUUCUGUAAAUAAUAUAAUCAUAUUUUUUAUAUGUUUAUAUUUUUGUAUGCUUAGGAAAAAAUAUAGGAAAUAAACACCAGAAUAUUGCCAGUAGGUACCUCUAUAUGGUAGGAUUACAGGUGUCUUUAUUUUCUUUUCCAUACUUUUCUUUAUCUCCGAACUAUUGUAUAAUGAGCAUGAGUCAUUUUUUUUGGCCAGGAAAAGUUCUUUAAAUUUAUAUGAAGAAUAUAUUCCUACAUAACAAGUUCUGCAAAGUUGCAUUUAUAUCGGCUGCUGUCCACAUGUUUCUAUCCUCACUGCUUUACUCAGAGGAAAUAUGGCAAACCAGACCUUCUGCAUAGCCUGUGUCCAAGGCACCUUGUACCACACACCCACUACCCAUUUCACUAGGUUUUUUGUGGGGAGGAAUAAAAGGAGAAAAAAAUGUUUUAUGUAUUUAAGAUAAUGUAUUUAAAAUAUGCUUCAGUAUGCUUUUUGAAAGGAUUUUAAGAAUUGUUUAAACUAAAAAAAAAACUUUGUAACUUAAAUGUACACUGGUUUGGUUGCCAGAUUGCUUUUAUUUAGUGUAUUGUUGUCAUCUUUUAUUUCUCUAGAAUCUUAAUAGGUUUAGUUGCAAAGAAAUUCUGAUGAAAAGUAUGGUAAGAGCAAAAUGUUGGUAAUUAUUAGCAAGUAUAUACUGCUUUGAACUUAUAAAUUUUUAUAUCAAGCAUAUGAGGUCACACACAAAUAUAUUUCAAGUAUCCAAAUAUUUUAAUGUAUGUUUGUGUAUAUAUACAUAAACAUUUUUUAAUCAAUAAAAAUGGAAUUUCUCAUGAAAUUUAAAAUUAAGCAAUUUUGUGCUGUUUUUUAUAGUAAGGAAGGACUGGUGACCCAGAUCCCUUUGCUGAUUUUAGACUUACAACUGCUGAAUAAUAGCUUACACAAAACUUUAUAUAUUUGUAAACGUAUAGUACAUUUUCCUAAGAUACAUAAAUGUUCUUUAUGUAGCUUCAGGGAGAUAACAGUUAAACAGUGCAGUGGUAAAUUGCCGACCCAAACAAACAUAUUUAAUACAAAAAAACUUUUUGUUGUUUAAAGAUUUUAUUUAUUUGUUUGUUUAUUUAUUAUUUGCGGGGGGGGAAAGGAGCAGAGGGAGAGAGACAAGUAGAUUCUGCCCUGAGCACAGAGCCUGAUGAGGGACUCAAUCCCACAACCCCAAAAUUGUGACCUGAGCAGAAAUCAAGAGUUGGGUGCCUAACUGACUGAGCUACCCAGGCACCCCAAUACAAAAAUUAUUUCUCAUAGGCACUGUGAAAUAUAUAAAUGUGCUCUGUACCCAAUAAUGUACUAGACUCAAAAUUUUGUAAAACCUUCCUACAAUAAAUACAUAGCAAUACUAUUCAAAGAAUACUAUCUAGCACUUUUAUCGUGCUAAUUAUUUGCCAGGUAGUAUUCCAAGUGCUUAACAUACAUUAGCUCUAUAGAAUUGAUAUCAUCAUCAUGCCCAUUUCACAGAGAAGAAACAUCUUUUUUUUAAGCUGAACUUUGAGUAAGAAAGGAAAUCACCAGGGCCAAAAGCAGAAGUAGAAACAAGGCUGAUGACCAUGCCCUGGAGCUGUUGAUUGCCCUGAGGUUUGUGCUCAUCCCAGGAAUGUUCCUCAGCCAACUCAAAGGCCUUGUGCAGUAGAGAGUUAAAACUAAGACCGCCACAUAAAGUAUGGCCUGCGACCUAUGCCUGAGACCUGAGACUUCCUGGGGCUUCUAAGGCUACAACUACACCACAGGCAGAUCCAUCCAUAUUCUCACCAACUUGUUUCUAUUUUUUUUUUUUAGAUGUUUGUUUAAGUAAUCUCUACAUCCAACAUGGGGCUCGAACUCACAACCUGGAGAUCAAAAAUUUCAUGCUCUACUGACCCAGCCAGGUGCCCCUAUUAUUUUUUUUUUUAUAUAUAUAAUGGCCAUUCUAAUGGGUGUGCAGUCGUAUCUCACUGUAGUUUUGACAAAAUUUAUCAAUUUUUUAAACAUGUAUAUACAAUAACCAAAGAAAAAAUAUGAGCAGCUGAUGUUGAGUAAUAAUUUUUUUUAAGUAAGCUCCAUGCCCAGUGGGGAGCCCCAUACAGGGCUCAAUCUCACAACCUUGAGAUUGAGACUUGAGCCGAGAUCAAGAGUCUGAUGCUUAACUGAGCCACCCAGGUGCCCCUGAAUAAUAUUUUUUUAAAAAAACAAGCAUGACACCCUGGACUUUCUAUGUUGUCCACCACUAAGCAGACAUUAGAAAUGUUUGAAGUGUUAAAGAACUGCUUUUGUAAAUCGACCUGUGUUGUCCUCACUGAUAACAUUUUUUUAAAAUGGGUCCUGUAUGUUUUGAUUUCUUUUAAGUUGGAAAUCUUUAAUGAGUUUAAUGAAUGGUGUGCCAAAAACUCUCAUUUUGAAGCUUUUACAAAUCAUAUAACUGGAAACAAACCUUACAAAUGGGAAGACACUGAAAUCUGGCUUUUUUUUUUUUAAGAUUUUAUUUAUUUAUUUAUUUGACAGAGUGAGAGAGAGCACAAGCAGGGAGAGUGGCCGGCAGAGGGAGAAGUAGGCUCCCUGCUGAGCAAAGAGCCUGAUGUGGGACUCGAUCCCAGGACCCAUGACCUGAGCCGAAGGCAGACACUUAACCAACUGAGCCACCCAGGUGUCCCUGUGGCAUAAAGUUUUAAGAAGUAUAUAUUGUUUAAGGAUACCUACAUAUGUCUGACAGUUUUAAAGAAAUGCAAGGCAGUGAUAAAUAGCAAAUUAAGGAGAAUGAAUAUCUUUGGGGGAAUGAAGGUAGAAGUGAUUAGAGUGUACAGAAAUGGUGUUUGGCUAGGUUGGCAAAAUUUCAUUUAAGUGAUGUAGUUGGGUACAUGGGUAUCUGUUCCAUCAUUCUUUGUACCUUUUGUAUUCUUUUGUAUAUGCACACAUAUAAAUAUAUCAUAGCCUGUUUUGUAGAUGUAUUAAUUGGGUUGUACCUUAUAUUAUUGUCCAAUAACUGCCUUUUCAGGAUAAAUAUUUUACAUUUAUUUUUUAAGAUUAUUUGAGACAGAGUGAUAGCAAGAGAGAGCACGCACGAGCAGUGGCGGGGGAGGUGUGGGGGGAUGGGUAGGGGGAGAGGGAGAAGCAGGCUCCCCAUUGAGGACUCUGGGAUUAUGACCUGAGCCAAAGGCAGACGCUUAACUGACUGAGCCACCUAGGUGCCCUGACUGUUUCACAAUUCAUACACAGAAAGUGGACAAGCAAUUUUUACACCUUCAAAACAUGUAGCUUUACUAAGCUGUACAUUCAGUUCCCGCCUAGAACAGCCGCACAGCGGUGUCUUUCUUGUUUGGGAUCUGUGCUGCAGUUCCUGCCUUACAGGGGACGUGGUCUGAUAAUGAGGGAGAAGAUGUUUUCCAGGGCCAGUUAUGUGUUAGGUAUUAUGGGAGAUUUAAAUGACAGAUACAGCAGAAUCUUUGCCUUUAAUCAUUCAGACUAUAUUUAAGGAGGGCAGGAAGAGUAUCAGGGCAACUAACAAAAUAGGUACUGAAUGAUAAACAGCCCUUUGCAGGGUGCAGAAAACCUUACAGUGAUUUGAAUGUCUUGGAGGGGAAGGCAGGAGAUUGGAGUGCUCGGAGGUUUGCACGUGAAUUUUUAAAAGCAGCUCACAAGAACCACAGGGUAAUUAGCCUUAUUCAUCAUGAUGAGGUAUUUGAUCAAAGCUCUUAUGGAAGUAAAACUUGUUUCUAGAAAAUUAUUUUUAAUCUUACGCCAGUCUUCUUAUAUGCCAUUUUUAAAAAUAGGUAAGCACUCAGAGUAUUUUUAAGAUUUCUUUAGAAAUCAUUCCAGCUCUGUUAUUUAACUUUACUCUGAGAGCAGCCUCUAAUCACUGACAUUUCCAGACGUUGACUCCUAAAGACUUAAAAUGCCACAUGUGAAUGUAUUUACUAACUUGAUAUAAAUAAAGAAUAGCUUCAAAAUUCCAAGAACAUGCAUACAUCUCUCAUAAGCACAACAUUCAUCAUUCUGCUUAAACCAGUAUACUUUCCUCUCCAUUUUUCUAGACUAAAAGCUUAUAUUUUGAUAUUUUGUUGCCCAUGUCCGUAUUGGCAAGUAUGAGGGCCUCCUGUGAAUUAAUGCUGUGUGCCACACAAGAGGAAAAUAAAGCAAAAGAAAAUGCUUUCAAAAAUGUAUUGGAGGAUUAACAAGUCAGGAAACAACAGAUGUUGGUGAGGAUGCAGAGAAAGGGAAAUCCUCUUACACUGUUGGUGGGAAUGCAAGCUGGUGCAGCCACUCUGGAAAACAGUAUGGAGGCUUCUCAAAAAGUUGAAAAUAGAACUACCCUAUGACACAGCAAUUGCACAACUAGUUAUUUAUCCAAAUGAUACAAAAACAGUGAUUCGAAGGGGCACAUGCACCCCGAUGUUUAUAGCAGCACUAUCCAUAAUAGCCAAACUAUGGAAAGAGCCUAAAUGUCCAUUGACUGAUGAAUGGAUAAAAAAGUGGUGGUAUCUAUACACAACGGAAUCUUACUCAGCCAUCAAAAAGUAUGAAAUCUUGCCAUUUGCAACAACAUGAAUGGAGCUAGACAGUAUAAUGCUAAGUGAAUAAGUCAAUCAGAGAAAGACAUACCAUAUGAUCUCGCUCAUAUGUGGAAUUUAAGAAACAAAACAGAUGAACAUAGCGGAAGGGAAGGAAAAAUAAGAUAAAAACAAAGAGGGAGGCAAACCAUAAGAGACAUUUUUUUUAAGAUUUUAUUUAUUUAUUUGACAGAGAGAGAGAGCACAAGCAGGGGGAGCAGCAAGCAGAGGGAGAAGGAGAAGCAGGCUCCCUGUGGUGGAGCAGGGAGCCCGAUGCGGGGCUCGAUCCCAGGACCCUGGGAUCAUGACCUGGGCCGAAGGCAGACGCUUAACUGACUGAGCCACCCAGGCGCCCCAAGAGACUCUUAACUAAGGAACAAACUGAGGGUUGCUGGAGUGGAGGUGGGUGGGGUGUGGGGUAAAUGGGUGAUGGGCAUUAAGGAGGGCCUUUGUUAUAAUGAGCACUGGGUGUUAUAUACAAGUGAUGAAUCACAUUCUACCCCUGAAACUACUGCACAAACAAGCAAAAAAACCAACCAAACAAAAAGUAUUGGAGGGGCACCUGGCCAGCUUGUCAGUAGAGCAUGUGACUCUUGAUCUCAAGGUUAUAAGUUUGAAACUCAUGUUGGAUGUAGAGAUUACUUAAAAACAAAAUUGAAAAAAAAUAAUAAAAAAUAUAUUGGAGGCAUUUUUCCAAAGACAAACAGAUGGACAACGGGUAUAUGAUGAGAUGAUCAACAUCACUGAUCAUCAGGGAGAUGCAAAUCAAAACCACAAUCAGGUAUCACCUCACCCCUGUCAGAACAGCUAAAAUAAAAAAGAUAAUAACAAGUGUUGUUGGCAAGGAUGUGGAGAAAAGGGAACUCUCAAGUACUGUUGGUGAGAACAUAAUUGGUGUAGCUACUAUGGAAAACAGUAUGGAGGUUCUUCAAAAAAUUGAAAGUAGAGCUACAAUAAGAUCCAGCAAUUGCACUUAUGAAUAUUUAUCCAAAAAAAUGAAAACAUAAACUCAAAAAGAUAUCUGCACCUUCAUGCACACUGCAGCAUUAUUUACAAUAAUCAGGACAUGGGAGCAACCUAAGUAUCCAUCAAAGGAUGAAUGGAUAAAGAAAAUGCAUAUAUGUGUGUGUAUAUAUACAUAUACAUAUACAUGCACACACACAAUGGAAUAUUACUUAGCCAUAAGAAGAAAGAAAUCUUGCCAUUUGCUGUUGAGGGCAUUAAACUAAAUGAAAUAAGUUAGAUAAAAAAAGAUAAAUACUGCAUUCUCUCACUUAUACGUAGAAUCUAAAAACAAAACAAAACCAAGUUGAUGAAUACAGAGAGUAGACAGUUGGUUGCCUGUGGCAUGGGUAGGCAAAAUGGGUGAAGUGGGUCAAAAAGUACAAUUUCCAGUUUUAAAAUAAGUAAGUCAUGGGAAUGUAAUGUACAGCAUGAUGACUCUAGUUAAUAAUACCUUACUGUGGGGCACCUGGGUGGCUCAGUCUUUUGAGUGCCCAACUCUUGAUUUUGGCUCAGGUCAUGAUCUUGGUCAUGGGAUCGAGCCCCAUGUCAAUUCCAUGCUCAGUGUGGAGUCUGCUUGUCCCUCUCCCUGCCCCUCUGCUCUCCCUCCACCCCUUCCUACCACUCUUUCGCUCUCUCUAAAAUAAUAAAUAAAAUCUUUAAAUAAUACCUUACUAGGGCGCCUGGGUGGCUCAGUUGGUUAAGCAACUGCCUUCGGCUCAGGUCAUGAUCCUGGAGUCCCGGGAUUGAGUCCCACAUUGGGCUCCCUGUUCAGCAGGGGGUCUGCUUCUCCCUCUGACCCUCUUCCCUCUCGUGCUCUGUCUCUCAUUCUCUCUCUCUCUCAAAUAAAUAAAUAAAAUCUUAAAAAUAAAUAAAUAAAUAAAUAAUACCUUACUGCAUAUUUUUUUUAGAGAAGGGGGAGGGGCAGAAGGAGAGGGAGAGAGAGAAUCGCAGGCUCCACACCCAGUGCAGAGCCCAAUGAGGGGCUGGACGUGGGGCUCCACGUGGAGCUUGAUUCUCCGUCUCACAACCCUGAGAUCAUGACCCAAGCUGCAAUCAGGAGGUGCCACUUAACCAACUGAGCCACCCAGGCACCCCACCUUACUGAAUAUGUGACAGUAGCUGAGAGUGGAUCUUGAACAUUCUCAUUACAAGAAAGACAAAUUUUGUAACUAUGUAUGGUGACAGAUGUUAACUGGACUUAUUGUGGUGAUCAUUUUGCAAUAUAUACAAAUAUCAAAUCAUUGUAUUGUACACCUGAAACUAAUAUGUUAUAUCAAUUAUACCUCCAUAAAAAAACAUUGGAAACAAUGAUCCAUGUUAUGUUGUGUAAUUAGGAAAAUAAAAUAUUGUACUAGAACCAUUCUGGCAGAGAGACCUGUGACCAAGGAGAAACAAUUUAAGCAUAAGCUACUUUCUUAAGGAAAGAAAAGGUAUUCAUUUACUAAUGUUGAUAAGUUAUUC